AUGUCUACCGAAAACAUAAGUAUUAAGUCUCAAAAACUUGGUGAAGCAGUACAUGAAGGAUGGCUGAUGAAGAGAGGCGAGCACAUCAAGAAUUGGAGGCCAAGAUAUUUCGUUCUUUUCAAGGAUGGUGCUUUGUUAGGGUUCAGAGCGAAACCUGAUCCAGACCAGCCACUUCCCGAUCCAUUGAAUGAUUUUACAGUUAAAAAUGUUCAGUUGAUGAAAGUAGAAAGGCCAAAACCAAACACAUUCCUAGUUCGUGGCCUGCAGUGGACAACCGUCAUUGAAAGAAUGUUUAAUGCUGAGAGUGCCGAAAUACGUGAGGGGUGGAUUAAUGCAAUAAAGGUUGUAUCGGACUCGCUUAAGGAGUCGGAAUCUGAAAUGGAUACAGAAAUAAUGGAAGAAUCUAGUAUUCUGUCCGAAGUAAACCGUCAGAUAACAACUACGCAUGAGCAACUCAAAAUGUCAGUGAACAGUGGAGGGCGAGAUAUGAUGAGUAUGGCUGAUGCUGCAGAAGCUGCACGAAGAGAUAAGAUCUCUUUAGAAGAUUUCGAAUUCCUGAAAGUACUAGGUAAAGGUACUUUUGGUAAAGUAAUCUUGUGUAAAGAGCAACGAACAAGGAAGCUUUAUGCAAUCAAAAUAUUGAAGAAAGAAGUCAUUAUUCAAAAGGAUGAAGUGGCACAUACUUUAACAGAGAAUCGUGUGUUACAAAGAUGCAAGCAUCCGUUUCUAACUCAGCUGAAGUACAGUUUCCAAACGCCCUUUCAUUUGUGUUUCGUGAUGGAAUUUGCGAAUGGUGGUGAAUUAUUUUUCCACUUACAACAGAAUCGGAUCUUUAGCGAAACCAGAACACAGUUUUACGGCGCUGAAAUUAUCCUUGCACUUGUUGGCUAUUUGCACGCAAACAAUAUUAUUUAUCGAGAUCUGAAGUUAGAAAAUUUGCUUCUGGACAAAGAUGGCCAUAUAAAGAUAGCCGAUUUUGGUUUGUGUAAGGAAGACAUAUCCUUCGGUGAUCGAACAAGGACUUUUUGUGGUACACCAGAAUAUUUAGCUCCCGAGGUACUCGAAGAUAAUGACUAUGGUCGUGCAGUGGAUUGGUGGGGUGUCGGUGUUGUGAUGUAUGAAAUGAUGUGUGGCCGUUUACCGUUUUAUUCAAAGGAUCAUGAAAAAUUGUUUGAGCUAAUUCUUACUGGUGCUAUACGUUUUCCAUCAAAAUUAACAGCACCAGCUAGAGCUUUGCUCACUGGAUUGCUGGUUAAAGAUCCGAAUCAAAGACUUGGUGGAGGACCGGAAGACGCGCAAGAAAUUAUGCAGCACGAAUUUUUUAAUAAUAUCGACUGGGAAAAGUUGUAUCGGAAAGAAAUCACUCCUCCAUUCAGGCCGAACGUUCAAUCGGAUACUGAUACAUGUUACUUCGACAAGGAAUUUACUCAGGCUCCAGUACAACUUACUCCACCAUCAGUUCGUUCAGGACCUUUGGAUACAGUUGAUGAAAUGGAUGAAAUGCAAAAUAAUUUUGUACAAUUUUCUUUUCACAAUGCAGUGUCGUCUCCUUUACGUAAUGUUAAUGAUACAAUGGACGCACUCGAAUAA